AUGCCUUCUACGUCGUUCCCCCUUCUCCGUACUCCCCAUGUCGUCAUCCGGGAAAUACUGAAAUCAUUCCACUGUGAAGAUUUAGUCUUGUUCUCCCUGUGCUCCAAAAGAACCCACCGACUCGUUAAACUACACAAUAAUCGAUACAAUGGCAACGAGUUACACGUGAAUUGUGAUACUGUACCGGAAGUGAGAUGGUGUCGAACUGGUGAUCAAUCGACUUAUGCAUUAUUGGGUGUCGGUAGUAUGGCUGAAGCAAUUUCUGAUAGUGAAGAAAUAGUUGAGAUUCGGGGUCAUCGAGUUCCAAUCGGUUAUGACCAUCAGUUAAAGAUAUGGGUGACAUAUUGGGAUGAUCCGAUUCAGGGAAUGAAGACUGUCGUGGAAUUCUUAUCGGAUGCUUUGAAGUGUCCUCCUGUCAGAAUAAGAUUCGAACGGAAGAGUAUGUGGACUAUCGAUUGGGCGAACAGUAUUGGAGUGACCACAGUAUUCAGUGAUUCUAGCGAGAAUUUUAGUGAAGACGAGUAUAAAUACAUUCUGCAACACUGUGCCGCACCGACUCUAUAUCUUCUCACUAACCCGGUUGACGUUCAUCUCUAUAGAUACACUGGACACUUUUUGGAACGUGACACGAUAAGAAUUGCCAACGGACAGUGGGUGACACUCGAUAACUUGUUGAAUCUCAACUGUGCUGAGGUCAAUUUGGAGUUCACUUUACUCAAUUGCAAGGAGUUGAAUGAGUUUCUGAAACAAUGGUUGGCUGGAAAAUUCCCACGUCUCGAGGGUGUUGCGAUUGAUAUGGAUCCCUAUGACUAUUCUGAAGAGGAUCUUCUCAAAGGAAUCAAGAAUCCGAUGACUAAACGUGUCGAAGGGAAGGAGUGGAAGAGAAACACGUUUAAGUUCAGUUCAAAAGGAUGGGAUAUUAAAAUGGACGACGGAAGGACUCUGACUGCUUGCUAUAGUUACAAAAACAUGAGUGUUUACAUGGCGGUGUGGCCACAGUGA